CUCGUGGGGUGGAAUGCAAGAUUUGACCGCUAAACAUUAAACAAAUGAACAACUGCACAAUCAGCUGAUCUCAGCUCUGUCAUUCAAAACAUGAGCAACCCCGCUGAAACGGCCAGAGCGGCACGGAACGCAGCCGCAUCAUCAAGUCAAGAAGGUGCAAAUCAACCAUUACGAUUACAUCAAAGAUGCGAAUUGAGCUCGUACGGUCAAGGUGAGAUCUUAUUCGUCGGUCAGACUUCUUUCUCGCAUGGAAUCUGGGUCGGUAUCGCUCUUGACGAUACGGCAGGAAAGCAUGAUGGUGUAGUACAAGGUAAACGUUACUUUACCGCACAUCCUGGGCAUGGUAUCUUUGUCCGUUCGAGUCAGGUACACAUUGAAGAAGCAGUGGCGCCACCCGCUAUCUCCAGAGCUCCUCCUGCAGCAAAUCGAAUCCCAGCUUCCAGAAGUGGUCAGGUAUUGUCCAGAUCAAGUAUUGCAUCGACAAGUCGAAGUGUGAGCCCCAAUAAACCUGCAGCUCGUGUCUCACGCCCUUCCAGCAUUCUCCCACCUCCUUCGGCCGCUUCUGCGGCCUCUGCUUUUGGAGCGUCAGCUCGACAACAGGCUGGAUCGCCCCAAAAGCGAGCUUCACUGGCACCAAAAACGCCUGCCAGAACAAGUACGGCAGGCAUUGCCAGCGGUGCUUCUACUUCAGCCUUGAAUCCACGAACACCAGCACGAACGGCCACUACGGCUACAGGAAGAGCACCUCAGUCUACCGUUGCAAGAAGAGCAGUAGGAACAGCAAGCUCGACUCCCGGUUCGACUACUUCUCGAGCAACACCAGCCAAUCGAACACCAAAGACGACAGGUACUUCAUCUUCCCGAUCCAGCAGACCUCCCACAUCUUUUGAUGUAGGCGAGGGAGAAGACGAUGACGAUUUGAUGGCGAUGAUACGUGCAAAGUUACGCAUCGCUGAGAAGAAGCGUGAGGAGGAUCGAGAAACGAUCCGCGAGGCGGAACGUAUUCAACAAGAAUCAGAACAAUUCUUGGUAGUAAAGCCAAAGAUGGCAGCUAAACAACAAGAACUGCAGAACGAAUUGAAAGACCUUCACAGACAAGAGCGUGAAUGGAACACCUUCAAGGAAGAACAUGAAAGGGAGAUGGCGGAAUUGACAGAUCAAGUGGAGAUACUGACGCUCGACAAAGAAAUGGCAGAAGAACGAGCUGAAGCUGCAUCGGAGGAACUGCAGCUACUGAAAGAUCGGGUGGAGGAAUUGCAACUUGAUAUUGAAGUCUUGCGGGAAGAGAAUGCCCGCUUCGAAUCUGGACCAGUGGAAGAAGGCGAGAAGCUAUCGGUGGGAUACAUCCAGCUGGAGAAGCAGAAUGAACGUUUGAAGGAGGCACUUUUACGGUUGAGGGAUUUGACAGCUGAAUCCGACAGUGAGCAAAAGCAAAAGAUUGCAGCGAUGGAGAAAGAAUUGCGCGAGUUGGACGAAAUUCAGGCUUCGUACGAAUCUACACUGGCCAAAUUGGAACAAUCCGAAGCAUUACUGGAAGAUCUGAAGAUCCAAUUGGAUGACGCAUUGGGAGCCGAAGAAAUGCUGGAACAAUUGACAGAGCGCAAUAUGGCCUUGCAAGAGAAGAAUGAAGAAUUGCGACUCAUUAAUGAAGAUCUGGAAGCCUUGGAAGAAUUGAAUGACGAGUUAGAAGAGACGCACAUCGAAACCGAAAAGCAGCUUCAAGAAGAAUUGGAUUUAAAGGAAAUUGAAUUGCGUGAAUAUCACUUGCGCAACGAUUCUUUAGAGGCCAACAUUGUGGAUUAUGAAAACACAUUUGUUCAAUUCCGAGAAGUUGUUCUGAACUUGCAAAGCGAAGCGGAAACGUUGCGAAAUGACAAAGAGACUCGUGACGUGGACAGAGCUGCUGCCGCCGCUGAAGGACAAGCGAUUGCCAAUUUGAACUUGAAAUUGCAAUCUUCAACUAUGAAAUCGCAAGCCAAGACGAUUGAGCUGGAAAUAGGCAGAUUAGAAGCAUCACAGGCUAAGCGUCAUUUGGACAUCACGAGCGUUUAUCUACCAAAGAAGUACUUUGAAGAUGACAAGGAUGCUGUCGAAAGCUUGUUGUUCUUCCAAAGGAUUGCAACAAAGACUGAAGUGAUCAAGACUGUAGUGGAGAGCAGCACCGAUAUCGCUGGAAGCUUAGUGGGCGUGAUCGAUGAACGCUUGAUCACAAUUUGUCGAAUGAGACAUUCACUUGCUCACUUUAUUGCCUCUUCACGUCAAAUAUCUGCUUUGGUUCAAUUGGCUUCCAUUCCUACAUUCUUGAAGUCUGGCAGGAUGUUUAAGGAGCUCGUUUCGAUCGAGCGGACAAUCGAUCAACACAUUGAUCUUCUACGUCGGGAAGAAUUGAAAGAGGAUGAUUGUGCAAAAGAUUAUCGCAGAUUUGUGAAAAUGCUAGAAGACUUUGAAUUUGCUCUUCUGGAUGGCAGCUCAGAGUCGAUCGAUAGCGAUUUAGCAGCAAAAGAACUGGGAUCGGCGACGUUGUUCGAUCUGGAUCUUGAUACGAUUGCUGCUGCUUUAGGAUUUUCAAAACAAGCACAAAUUGGUGAUGGAGACACAUCAGGACUUCUUCCCACCGGUGAUAUUGACAUGCGCUUGAAUGAUCUGGAUAUCAGUGAAGUCUUGUUCACACCAUUGCAAGAGCUCAUCAACCAUAUACGAUCAACGAAAGUGCCUGCACGUAAAUUGUUGCGCAGACUGGCAGCUUUGUAUGCUAAUGACGAAGCGGUCAAGAUGGAAGCGAUUGUCAAGUUGCCUGGUCUGGGCCACUGCAGUAGUCAAUUGGUAGCAUUUGCAUCGAUGCUGGCAACGUCUUUUAACGAAUACGUAAGCAGUGUGCGAACGAACAAAUCGACUUUUGAACUUAAGGAUAUCUUGGCGCUUGUCUCAGAGGCUGCGAAAGAGGCUAUGAGCUCGGCAAGUAAUGAAGACGGAUCAGCCCAAAUGAGCACAUCUCUUGCCGCUCGUGCUGCCGCUGCCUGGAAACCGAGCUUGACGGAGACAACAAAUUUGGGUCAAACAGUGACCGAAUUACUCAAUGCUGCUACUGAACAAGAUAAUGUUCACAAGAUAUCAGGAGUUGCUCCUUGGCUUGGACGAGUGGAAGAAUUCCGCCAAGAACAAGAUACUGCAGCUGAUACACAACGAAACUACUUGAAACAGACGGAGGAUUUACGUGACUUGUACAAGCAAAUCAAAGUACGCGAUGAAGUCAUUGAAGAAAAUCGAAUCAAGAUUGAGCGAAUCGCAAAGCAAUUACAAAGGAGCAGACAGGAUAACGAAACAGUCACUACUCUACGCGAUGAUUUAGUGGAUAUGACCAAACGUAUGAAAGCGUACGAAGAAGGAAAUAGCGCUUUGCAACAAGAAUUAGAGCAAUUGCAAAUUCAAUACGAAAGAGCUGUCAAUGAUGGUGCACGUACGACCGCAGGGGAAGGCGCUGCUGCAAAUGCUCCUUCUUCGGAUGGUGCAGUCCCUACACUGCCCACCAAUCCAACCACGAUUACGCCAAGUGGAUUCUUUAAUCCCAACAUGCCUACAAGUGGUAAUUAUGAGGUUUCUUACUUGGUGGAUCAAAUUGAAGCUUUGCGCGGUGCAAUACGGUAUUUGCGAUUGGAGAAUGGUUUGAUAAAAGGAAGGGACUUGUUGGCACAGGUUCAACAAUUGCCUGCACUU